AUGCAUGAAAAUCCUGCAGAUUUUGAACAUAUAUUAUUCUAUUAUUGGCCAUAUUUAUUUGCAUUCGUUGAUCCAAUAACAGCAACAACAUUAUCAAAAGUUUCAAUACGUAAUUGGUUAAUAUCAUCAUCAUCAAUAAAUUCAUUCGAUUUUGAACUUCAAUAUUUAAUUGAUUUAAAUAGAGUUUUUUUAAAUGAAUAUCGUGUACCAAUUCCAUUAUGA